AUGAGUCUGUCAUAUAUAUCUAUAGCUGAACUCCAGCUUAUUACUCUAAAUGAAAUAAGGUUAUUAUACUGCAGUGUUGGAGAGGGAGAGUUUGACCAUGCUCUUCUCUCUGGGACAUCACAAUGCUUUGAAAACUACCAAGGGACCAGAUUUUAUGGUAUUGCUGGUGUCCCCCACGGCACAUGGGCAGUCAUCCAUCGAAAACUGAUUCCAUUGUUAAAGUCUCUGGUUCAGACACUGGAGGAAAACAAAAGGCGUGAUAGGUCACUUGAGACACUGAUUCUUCAAUCAAGUAAAGGAUACUCCUCAAGAAGCACCUUAAAGGCAUCUACAGCUCAGUCUGAGGCAUUCAGGACUGCAGAAAGCCAGGAAAUUGCUCCAACUGCCACACUGUCACCUGUGCUGCCCUCUUUUUUCUUACCAGGGGGAUCCCAUGUACAGCAAGAAAUUCUGACAAGGUUAUUUUUAGAAAAGCAUGCCAGUGAAUUGGUGCAUUUAGAGCUGUCCUUAAUGACGGAAGAAAUAAACAUGAUCUGCUACUUUUAUGAAUCAGCCAAAGAUAAGGAAGAAUGUAAAGAAAAUUGGGUGAGACUGGUGCUGAGUAAGCUCGAAGUUUUCAUUCAGAGUAUGAGAAAUGAGAGUUUUCUUAUUUCCUUUCUGAGUGGCUUUCAUUUUUUUCACAUCAGAUGACAGAGGUAGAAUAUCUCCC